AUGAAAAAUAGAAGAGAAAAAGAGGUAAAAGGAGAAGAGAAAAGAGAAGAGAAGACGGCAGAGAGAGAAGAAAAGAAGAAGAGAAGAGAAAAGAGAGAGAGGAAGAAGAAGAGAGUAGAAAAGAGAAUACAAUAGAGAGAGGAAAAAAGAAUAGAAAUGAAAAAAGGAAAAAUAAGAAAAGAAGAGAACGAGAUAAGGGAAGAAAAGAAAAGAAGAAAGAAGGAGAGAAGAGAUGAGAUUAAAGAAAAGAAAAACAAAAUAGAGAAGAAUGAAAAGAAGAAGAGGGAAAGAGAAGAGAAAAGAGAAGAGAAAAACGAAAAGAGAAAAGAGAAAAGAAAAAGAAAA